AUAGUUGUACUCAUCGUCGCCGAUCUCAUUGUGCGUUCCCGACUGCUGCCGGUGCGCUGAGAUGCAUCCAACCAGACUUCGUAUUAAGUUGCAUCCUCUUCUCCACGCGUCGCCGCCUGGCUUUCGGGAACAUACCCUUUGACGAAUGGCAUCGGGGAAGAAAUUCUCCACGAACAUGACCGAAAGAGAAAAAAAGCAAGAAAGGAGAAUUCAAACGUUCUGACGUGGGGCGUUCGACGUGUCCAUGUUCCACGCAAUGGACACAAAUCAUCCUAAAUUAACUCCCGCCCUAAUAAAAAUGUUUAGUGUAAGGGAAGAGCCGAAUGACUAUUGUCAGCUUCGUCGAAUACUAAUGGCGGAGAAUUGAAUGGCAAAGCUAUGUUGAACCACUAUUCCAACCCAGGCGACUUUGUCCAGCGCUUAAACUGGACAAAUUCACCUCCUAGAAGGCCAGAAAGUAUUAAGGAUUCCCCUUUGGGUAGAAUCCUACGCAGGCCUCGCAGAUUAAGGGAGCAAUAUUCUCAUGGUUUAGCUCUGUUUCUUCUCAUGCUCCUCCACCGGGCCCGAACGUCGUCGCCAGUCGGAGCCGAUGGCCGACCGACAGAACGCAGGAUCCCAGCCCAAAGAGACAAGAUCGAAUAAUCCUUGACGCCCCAAUUCUUCUUAGCAGCGGUGCUGCUGGAGUUAAUAUCAUACUACAGUUACAUCCAUUCAGCCACAGUCGAUAAUAGGAAGGAGU